CUUCAUAACGAAAGAUAACACGAACGGUCGGUGGAGAUAAGAUAUCGAAUUAAAACGGAAUAUUAACUUCUGGAUUUAGAAUCGUAACAGGAAUUGAAUAUUUUGAAAAAUUGGGAGAGAGAGAAAAAAUGAACAUUUGCAACAAUCCCAAUACCCGCCUCCUGAUGAGGCUAAUCGUCGAUGUGCUGCUGCUGUCCAGUGUCUUCACCGUGGCCUUGGUCAUUUUGCCGCAAAUGUUGCGCACGCGUCAUCGAGGUUUCUUCUGCGACGACGAAAGCAUUUCCUAUCCCUUUAAGCAGGACACCAUCUUGAGACGCAUUCAUGUCACGAUUUUGGCCAUUGCCGUACCUGCUGCCACCAUCCUCAUCAUUGAAAUGCUGCGUGUAACUUUUCCUGCACCUAAAUCCGCCACCUCCACAGCUAAAUACGGACACGUGCCAAAACCACCGCAGCGUUAUGUAUUUGUCGGCUUACGCAUACCCACCUUCGUGAGCGAAUGCUACAAUCUCAUGGGCGUUUACCUGUUUGGCCUGGCCUUGGUGUUAAUCGCCUGCAGCUGCACCAAACAUUUUACCGGCCGCCUGGCACCCUACUUUAUGGACGUUUGUCAACCGCUGUUGGCGAACAACGUGACCGCCUGUACUGACCCCUCGCAUUUUGGGCGUUUUAUUGAAUUCUACACCUGCUCGUCGCUAACAGCAACACCAAAGCUACUGGACAGCAUGCGACACUCGUUUCCCAGUGUCCACUCGGCCGCCACAGCCUAUGCCAUGAUCUUUUUGGCCAUAUACAUGCAAGCUCGUCUCAAAACCGGCUGGAUAAAACUCUGGCGUUGUCUGCUGCAAUUUGGCGGUGUGGUGGUUGCACUGCUGGUGGCUCUCGAGCGUGUGGGUUCGUAUCGUCAUCAUUGGAGCGAUGUGGCUAUGGGUGCUGGCAUUGGUUGCCUAUUGGCCUUCUUCAUGACCAUCUAUGUGUCGCCACUGUUCCGUCAGGUACCCAUAAAGGUACGACGCAUUCGCGAUGAUAGUUCAAAUAUUUAUGGAUACUAUACCGUGAUGCCGAAACCGACAUAUUUUGUUUAAGUGAUAUAUUUUUUUAUUUAGGAACAUUAAGGCAAUAAGAACAACAACGACAUAUAUAAAUAUAUAAAACGAAU